AUGUCCUUGAAUAUAAUGAAACACCCAGAAUCUUCUUAAAGAAAAUCAGAACCAAAUCAUAGGGAAAGCUUAAAUAUGUAUAGCUUAAUCAUUAGUUUUGAACACUCACAAUAGUGUAAAGCUUUUGGUUUUAAUUCUUCCAAUAAUAUUUGGGUGUUGGGUUAUGGCUUUCAAAUUUUAGUAUGCUAAAGAUAAAAUGAGACCCUAAGAGUGGAAUCAACUCUAUAAGGACACUCCUCUAGUGUUACUAAUAUUCUGUAUAGUAACAAAGAAGAUAUGUUUUAUUCAAUUGGAAGUUGGAAUGAUAAUGUCAUAGUUUGGACUAGAGAUGUAGAUGGAAAAUGGAAUAAAUAAUACCUUAUCUAUAAGGAAGGACAAACUAGAGAAUUUGAAGUCGUUUAGUUAAUAUUAAAUAAUGAUGAAGAUGAACUGAUUGGAGUCAUGGAUUACAAUUUUAUCAUUGUAUGGAAGAGAACAUUAGAAAACAAAUGGAUAAAAAGCUAAAUUAUUCCUAUAAGUCAAAAUGAACUUUCUUAGAUUCAUUAGGUAAGUUAUGAUAAGCAUUAAAAGAAAAUAAUCAUCAUAACAUAAAACGGUUAGGUUUAAAUUCUUUCUAAGAAUUAAUAGGAUUUAUGGAAGAAGAGACAAUCAAUCAAUCUUAAAAUGAUAAAAGGAAAGAAAUACUAUAACAUAGAUGAUGAUUCAUUAGUUAUAUAAAGACAGAAAGGAGAAUAUUUAAUAUUUAAUUUUAAUAGAGAAAAUGAAUUAUAUGAAGAAGGUAUAGUAAAAGAAUCCUAGACAAUUUAGGAAAUGCUCAAUUAGCUAUUUGAAAUUAAUUCAUCAAUCUCAUAAAGCUAGGAAAUAUGUGCUUUGAAAAAAAAUAAAUAUCUCUCGAUAUUAAGAAAGGAUACAAAAAAUUUAUAUUAAUAAAUCUAGACAAUCCAAUUUGAUCAUAACUUUUUCUAUUAGUUUUCAAAAAAUAAUUAGUAUUUGAUAACAUGGGAUUAUUCCAAAUAUAUCAAUAUAUGGAAGUAUAAAAGUGAUUGA